UAAUAUUCUCGAUAACCUAACAUAACAAAGAGAUUAACAUUUUAAUUUUCUUCAAAGAAAAAGAAGAGAAAAGAACAUUUUAAUAAAGGAAGAAGAAAUGUCCCCACUCUCAUUGUCAUGGAAGAACCCUUCCAAAAAUUAGUGAUAAAAAAAUAAUAAGAUUAUUCAAAUCUCAAGAACAUAGAAAACCCAAAAUCCAGAUCUCCAAAAACCCCUCUUCUCAAAACUCUCACCAUUUUUGACUUUCAAAUCCCUAAUUUUCCUUCGAAAAAAUGUUGAUCAGAGAGAAUCCCUUUCUUCAAUGGCAGCAACUCUGUUUCGUGUUCUUCCUCUUCAUCUCUCACCUUCUCCAUUUCUCCCAUGGCGACGUCGGCACUGCCGCCAAAUACCCUCCGCCAUAUUCCCCGACGGCGUGUUUCGGGGGAGAUUUAAGUCAAUUUCCGACGAAUAAUAUGUUUGCGGCGGCGGCGGAUGGGAUUUGGGAGAACGGAGCGGCGUGUGGGAGACAGUAUUUUGUUAGGUGUUUUAGUGCGUCGGAACCGGAGGCGUGUGUGGCGGAUCAGACGGUGCAGAUAACGAUCGUUGAUCAUAUUGAAUCGAUUGUUUCGACGCCGACGGCGCGGGGAACGACGAUGGCUCUUUCCUCGACGGCGUAUAAAGCUAUUGUUAAUACUUCAGCUACCGUUCAAUUCGUCACCAUUGAAUUUCUCCAGGUAUGAUGUGUACAUGUGUUGAACAAAUGGGUUUCCUUCCUCAAUUAAUCCAACAAUCUGCCACCUCUGGCUCCAGCUCCGGUCACCGAAAACCUAUACCCCACCGCAAAGGUAGGCCUCAAUGGAGACCUGACCUGCCAGACUACAUCAGCGACAACAUGGAGCCAGAUUUGGAUUCAACGGAGGAGGUGACAGA